AUGCCUUCGUUCAGAGAAGAUAGUUUUCUGAUCGUGCAGCCGGGCUCGCAGAACACGCUCGUGCGGUUUGGCAUUGAGGACACUCUCAGCCCGCCAGCGUACUCGAUUCCCACCAAAGUUUACCGGAAUGCUUCCGAUCCGUCGCUGUACACCAUCAACGGCCAGGACGAGUCUUUGGCUGUUUAUCCGAUAGUGGCGGGCGACAUUGUUGAUGUGAACGGUUUGAACUUCUUGUUGAAAUGUAUUGUGCGGUCAAUUUUGAAAAACCAUCCUGUUUUGCUGCUAAAUAGCAUCGCGUUCACGUUGGUGCAAACGUCCAACAGAUGGUCGAGCGACGCCAUUGAGAACAUCACCAAGUACGUUUUUGAGAGUUUGCAGUUUGGAGCGUUUUCUGUUGUUCCUGCGUCGCUGAGCUCGAUGUUUGCGUACGGGUCGCUGGCCAACGCGUGUGUUGUUGACAUUGGCUUCGAGAAAACAGAGGUGACUCCGAUAUUGGACUACCAGGUGUACAUACCGGGGAUCAAGAUCAUCGACAAGGGCGGCAACACGAUCAACACGAAGCUGGCCAAGAGUCUGCCGUCGCUGUCGAGCGAGCAGGUGGAGUUUCUGAAACGGUCGUCGAUUUUCGAGGUGUUGAGCGAGGAGGACGCUAGCAAGUCGUUCUUUGGGUCGGAGCAGCUUGUGGAGAAGAAAGAGGAUGACGAAGGUGUGCUGGACGUGGCUGCGAUCGUGACGAGCGAGAAGUCCACACGAGAGAUUCUGGCCGAGAAGGAGCGCGAGAAACGCAAACAGGGCAAGGCUGCGGCAGAGUCGAAGCCCAACAGCGAGCUGGAAACCAACACGUUUGUGGACGCGUCCGGGACUGCGAUUGCGAUCGGCAAAGAACGGUUCCAAGGGUGCACGGAGCUGAUUGCGAGCGUGGCCACGGCGAUCCACCGCACGCUGGGCAAGAUCACAGACCUGAAAAGAGCACAGGAAUGCUACGACAACAUCAUUCUUGUUGGACAGACUACGAAAAUCCACGGGUUUAAAGAGGCCUUGAUGGUUUACAUGUACACUAAUUUUGUGGUGGGACAAGGAGCGGUGCAGGGCGGAGCGUUCCGUCCAGACACAACGAACCUGAUCCAGGACCUGAACCUGAUCCAGGUGCCCAAACACGUCAAGUUCCUCAACAGACCGGACUAUUUUUCCGAGUGGAAAAAAGCCGGGUUUGAAGACUGCUCGUUUUUGGGUGCCCAGAUUCUGGCCAAGCAGGUUUUCGGAUCGCACUCCGUGGGAGGCUCGUUUGCCCGUGAAGAGUACCUGGAAAAGGGUCCAAUCGGCAUAUGGCAUAACAGGUUGUAG